UGCACCUCCUGCUCGCGCCGCACACGCCGCCCGCCUCCGCCACACCCAACGCCCACCAUCACAUGCAACACCCACACCCGACAUUAACGCCGCAGCAAAUAGAUGAGUUGACAUCUAUUUUGGAGCCGAUUAAAGACUUGCAGAGUGCCGUUUUGGAACUAAAUGACGCUUUAAGAUUAGACGUACCCGAUAUUGAUACGUCUAAAAGUGAAGAGGUAGAUACGAGUGAUUACGAUAAUCUUUUUGCAAGUGAACUAGGCGUGGCCGUGGUAACCGAAGCGAUACGACAGAUGGCAGAGAUGAGGGCGCGUGUGGUGCGCGGCGCGCUAGCAGCGCUGGGCGUGGCGCACGGGGCGGGGGGCGUGCCGGGCGCGGGGCACUGCGCCGUGCACUGGCAGGCCUACCGGGCGCUUCUGUGGCUGCGCUCCGCAGUUUUAAAUACCACGCCGGCGCGGUCGACGGAGGCAUUUCGUCUCAAGCUGAGCGCGUUGGGCACGAGCGGUGAGGCGCGGGGAGUGGCGCUAGGCAGUGGGGCGGGCACGAGC